GACAGGGAUUUGCUCUCAUAGUGAACUCGGCCCUGCAGGGAUGACUGUCGACAUCGUCCAUCUCCAAACUGCGGCAGGCCAUCGAAGACGACCCUGACCCUGCUUCCAAGUGGGGACGCUGACAGCUGGAAGCUACGUCAGAAGGAACAACCCAAUGGCAAACCUACGAUCUUAAGUACGUGAUGUAAGACCGGGUCAUGCCGUUGGUGAAGAGAAACAUUGAGCCACGGCACCUGUGCCACGGCUCGGUGCCCGACGGGGUUGGCAACGAGCUGGAGUGCGUCACCAACAACACACUGUCAGCCAUCAUCAGGCAGCUCAGUUGCCUGAGCAAGCAAGCUGAAAAUGUCUUCGGUGAGCUUUUUGAUGAAGCAAACACCUUCUAUGUGCGUGCCAACUCCCUCCAGGACCGCAUCGACCGCCUGGCCAUCAAAGUUACACAACUGGACUCCAGUGUGGAGGAAGUCUCUCUUCAGGAUAUCCACUUGAGGAAAGCUUACAAAAGCUCUACUGCUCAGGACCAGCAGGUUCUGUCCAAACGCAGUACUCCCAACUCAGUGGCUGAAUUGUACAACAGCAGCGAAAAGCCUCCUCCUCUCUGCAACCUCAAUGAAUUCAGGGAUGAUUCAACAGACGCAAUGAGGUUCUACUCUGACCCAUCGUACUUUUUCGACUUGUGGAAGCAGAAAAUGCUGGAGGACACAGAGGAGAAGAGAAAAGAGAGACGAAGACAAAGAGAACAGAAACGCAGUGUGGAAUGUAACACUGUUCAGCGAGAGGUGAAAAAGGUGAGAAAGGCCCGCAACCGAAGACAAGAGUGGAAUAUGAUGGCCCUUGAUAAAGAACUCCGACCAGAUCACCGGCACCCUCAGACCCUUCGAAGAGGAGCAUCUUCCGAGGGGUCACUGUCCCCGGAUGGCAGGCUUGACCUUCCAGAGCUCCCCAUCCCUCCGCUACCCAGCCACACUGUCUGUAACUAUGCCAAGUCUCGUGAUUAUGUGCCAGGGACCGCCCACCCCUCACCACCUGCAGAGCAUCAUUACUACAGUAUUGAUGCCAAUUACAAAGAAGACCCUCAAGCAGCAGACAGAACCAACGGUCUCCUGCAUCCCACUCCAGACUAUAAGUCUGCCCCUCCUCUGCCCUCCGCCCCUGCAUCUAUCCCAUCAGCACACACAGCUUUUGAUUUCCCUCCACCAGCACCCCAUAAUGGAUUUCAGCACAUCGGCCCUGGUUACCCGCUUCCACCUGUCCCUCCACCUCCGGGACCGCCACCGCCAUCCCUCCCACCUCAACCUGCACACCUUCAUCGGCACAGCGAGGGCAGCAGGGCUGAAGCCAAACCAGUGCGGGACGCCAGAAGUGACCUGCUCUCUGCUAUAAGGAUGGGUAUCCAGUUGAAGAAAGUGCAAGAGGAGCAGGAGCAGCAGAACAAGCCACUUGGAAACGACGUCGCCACCAUUCUCUCUCGACGAAUUGCUGUAGAGUACAGUGACUCGGAAGACGACUCUGAGCUGGAGGACAAUGAAUGGUCGGACUAAAUAUCAACUCCAUGUACAUACACAUAUAUUUAUUUUAUUCCAGACUUAUAUCAUAAAUUGUUACUAUAGUCUAUAUAAGUUACUCAAAAGGAACAGUAAUAACAAAACCAGGCUAAUCUGAGCAGUGUUUCUUGGAUGAAAUAAAAGUAUUAAAUAAGCAAUAAAUACUCAAUACUCAAAACCUCUCGAGACAUUUAAUCAGGCUGAAGGAAGAAUGUAUUUAUUUGUUAAUGUCAACAAAAAGUUUAAUUUGUUUAUUGUCACUUUAUCAUUUAUCAUUUUCCCUAUUAUUAUUGAGUCAAAUAUGGAUGUCACCUUAAGAAAUCAGAUUAAAAUGACAGCACUGUAAUAUCAAUUUUAUUUCUGAUUGAAUGUUUCAAGUCAGUAUUGUACCUACUACCUCAGUAUGUGACCACUUUUCCCAAGUGUUGAGCCAUGAAAAAUACUUGUCAGGAGUUGAGCCAAAAAUGUUUGUCUGCAUUUGUUGUUUAU